AUGGGAAACUGUUGUGUGGCAGCGUCGUCAAUGGAGUGGGACGGCGAGGACUGGAGUGAUUUGAAGACGAAGAAGGUGUUUGAUGGGAAAGUGCAGAAGGAGAAGCUUAUGGGAGCGGUAAGAGCUUCUCCUGAUGGCAAUGGGAAGGUGAAGAUGGUGAUUUCAAAGAAAGAGCUGGCUCAACUGUUGAUUGGUAAGAAAACCAAUUCUGCAGAAGCAGUUCUGCUCAGCUUAAUAAAAGCAAGAUAUCAGGAUUCUCCUCACCAUUUGUGGAGACCCGUCUUAGAGACUAUUCCUGAGGGUUGUUGAUUCAUUCAAGAUUA